AUGGAGGAGGCAAAAAAUAUGGCGUUGUUGUUCUUCAUGGACCAUCUAAUGCAGAAAAAUGGACGGAGAACAAUCCAUGAUUUGAGUUGUCAAUUCGGAGCACGCGGGUUUAGUGAGGAGAUGAGAAAUGCUGUUGGAACGACUCAAGAAGGAUUGACCGAGUUUUUGCAGGGUCACCCAUCACUCUUCACUGUGGAAGGAGACCAAGUAAUCCUAAACGGUCACAACGAUCUGAAUGCCAAGAACAAUCCACUCCUGCAAUCCGGCGUCCGUAGUCGUAACUACGAGAAGGAAGCCGUCGAUUUCUUCGUCACCAAACUCACCAAAUUCGGCCCAGAACUACAAAUCAAAUCUCUAUUGGGACAUCGUUCUCAAGCUGCUCCAGAAGUUCGUCUAGUCUCGGGACGUCAUCUGAAAGAGUUCUGCGAGUUUUUAUCAUCUCAAGUUGACUAUUUUGUGGUCGAAGCUGAUCGAGUCCGCCUGAAGAAUAUGCCGGAGCCGGAUGAGAAUGCAAUCGAGAUGGACGAUGAAGGAAGACCAUUAGCUGGAGUGAAGGCGAAACAAGCAGCCGUGGAAUAUCUGAAAUCGGUGCUGGAACAAAAUGAAGAUCAGCCAAUUCCAUUGGAUCUAUUCUAUCAAAAUUUUUGUCAACGAUUCUCUCAUACCAUUCGCCAGGACGUCGCAACUAAUCCAAAAGAACUCCUUCAAUUCCUUAAACUCAAUCGAGGACUCUUUUUCAUUAGAUCCAAUAAGGUAUCUCUUGUGAAGAACCGUCCAAAUGAAGAAGGAUCGGAAAAUGGAUCAGAUGAAGGAGAUGAGACCAAUAACAAUGGAAUGUUCCCUCUUGAUCAAAGUGCUCUGACUCGGAUCCAUUUUGUGAAGGCUUUGAAACCAGCUCAAGAUCUGAUCGCAAGACUCUGGCAGGAUAUAAACAAUAUGGAAAAGAAGGUGGUUGGUCUGGAUUUGAAGACUGUUACUGUUGGAGUCGAUGGAGAGAUCUUCCUGUCGUUAGGAGUCAUCGCCACCACCUCACAAAUCGGAAUUUUCGACUUGGCUUCCAGUGACGUCAUCAUUUUGGAGUCAGGAUUCAAGGGGAUACUGGAGAGUGAAAAAGUGGUCAAAGUGAUUCAUGACGCAAGACGAGUCGCCUCGCUUUUGGCACACAAAUACGCAGUUCACAUGAGAAAUGUAUUCGAUACACAGGUCGCUCACUCUCUUCUCCAACAUGACAAGUUCGGGAAGCCAGUCCACGAGAUGCGUCCAAUCACUUUUAUAAACUUGCAACGUGUCUACUAUCCGCAAUCACUGAUGCUCAGCGAUGUGACUCCCAGAAAAAUGAGUCAAAGUCCAAACUUGAUUUUCAGCUGGGGCGUCCGACCAAUCACCGAAGAGUUCCAAUUGACGAUUGUCGAGGAAGCUCAUUGUCUUCUUUCUGCUCUUUAUCAAGCACUUUCCAAUUUGAUUCCGGUGCAUUUACGUGGUCUUUUCGAAGACAAAUGCAUCGAGGUAAACCAUCCGGAGGUCCUCCUCGCCUCUCCAAACCGUCCUCCACCCCAACCAUUCAUCUCAUCUCCAUAUCGUGCCUCAACUCGCCGUGACGCCAGAAACGGCGGAACCAUUAUGCAAUCAUUUUCUCCAGCUCCAUACGCCGCUGCUCCGCGUCCUCAAAUGUCGGACGCAUGCACUCAAACAUUCUCGACGGGCGACAUCGAAGUGCUCAAUGUUUUCUACGAGUAA